AUGGCCGAUCCUGCUCCCAAGACGUCCAAUGCAAGCGAUGCAAGCAAUGCAAGCGACGGCGGCUCCAGCAGCCAAAACAAAUCCGGCACCGUCAUUUGCGACAAAAUGAUCGGACACACUUGGUUCGCACGACCAGGUUUUGAGGCCAAAACUUGCCCUUAUUGCCAAAAGACUGCUGGGGGCUCAAGCAAAGAGUAA